AUGCCCCCACCAAAGCCGAAGAGAACCAAGAAAGCCCAGCCAAAUGCUAAAGUGACUCAGGUUGAGUCUGAGGACACUUUACCUAUAUCCAAACUGGCUGAGAGUGGGAAGACCGCUUCCGUUCCCACAAAAAGGUCUGCUGAAACACAGCCAUCAGAGUCCAUUCAAUCAAAGAAGUUGAGGUCAUCGUCUGCGACGACCUCGGGUUCCAAAAUACCAAGAGUCCCCUGGGUGCCUGAAAUCACCCUAGAAGAUAAGCCUGUUCUAGCCUGUGACAGUGCCGAUGACAUCAAUGUCGGCGUGGCACUCAGUACUGCUGUUCUCCUUCCUGGCAAUCUUGAGCGGAAUGCCAAGAUGAGCGAGUACGAGAACUACGCCCUCAUGCUCCAACGUUCUGUACAAGCCAUUCAACAUGCCCAUUCUCUCUCUAUGCAAGCUUUUGAAACAGGGGAGAAGUUGGCCGAUAUGAGGCGGGAGAAACUUAAUCUUUCUGACAAUUCACCUCUGCGCCAAGCCGACGCUAUUCCUCUUCCAUUUCCUCCACUUCCACCGCCAAGCCAAGCUGAAGAUGAAUCUGAGUCUGAAUCUGAGGAUGAGGAUAAGGAUGAUGAUGAGGCUUUGGUAAAGAAGCCCAAAGAUGUUAGUGAGACCAAGUCCCCUCCUCAUGAAGAUCAAGUCCUAGACUUGACUCAUGAGGAGGAUGCGGAGGUUAUCAAGGAGACCACCCCUGAGCAAGCAUCAUCUGAUGUUCCUCCAGUCGAUAGAAGUCUUGAUCAAACACUUGCCGAAAUUGACGCUGAGUUGGCUGCGGAAAAGAUUGCCGAAGUGGUUCCACCAGAAUCCUCCGAGGUUCCAGCCUAUCCAGCUGUUGAUGCUGAAGGAGCCUGA